AUGUCUAGCGAAAGUAUGGAUAUAAACUCGAAAUCGAGUGACUCGAAUGGGUUUUAUGUGAAAGAUGUAUCGAGUCAUGAUGGUGAAUCUAAAUGGCAACAUCUUAAAAAUUCGUUCAAAAGAGCCGAAAGAGAUGACAAAUUCGACGAACAGGAUUUGGACGGUUUAGAAAGAGCUAUCCAAAAGACUUCAAAAACAGACUUAUCACAAAAUUUGAAGAAACGUCAAUUACAAAUGAUUGCAAUCGGAGGAUGUGUUGGACUGGGGUUGUUCAUUGGGGUUGGGCCUGCUUUAACUAACGGUCCUGCUAGUUUGCUUAUUGCAUGGGGCUUGGUAUCGACUUUCCUUUACUGUACCAUGCAAUCAUUAGCAGAAUUAGCAGCAUUAUUUCCAAUCUCAGGGUCGUUUUCUACUUAUGCCACUCGUUUUGUUGACCCAUCGUGGGGGUUUGCAGUCGGAUGGAACUACGCCAUCUUCUGGGUAGUGGUCUUGCCAUUGGAAUUAGUGGCAUCUUCGAUGACUAUUAAUUUUUGGCAAUCUGAUAUCAACUCUGUAGCAUGGGUUGCUAUCUUUUAUGUGUUAAUUAUAGGGCUUAACUUAUGUGGAAAUAAGGGAUUCGGAGAAGCUGAAUUUAUCGCAUCUUUGAUUAAAGUUCUUGGAAUCAUUGGUUUUAACAUUUUAGCCAUUGUGCUUAUAUGUGGUGGUGGCCAAAGUGGUUUUAUUGGUGCAGAAUACUGGCACAACCCAGGAGCUUUCGCCGCUGGAUUCAAGGGUGUUGUGAGUGUUUUAAUUACUGCAACAUAUUCUCUUGCUGGUACUGAAUUGGUUGGAUUAACUGCAGCAGAAACAGCUGGUAAUCCAAGAAUUGUGUUGCCAUCUGCCAUUAAACAAGUCUUUUGGAGAAUUUUACUUUUCUACAUGAUUACCUUGACUUUAGUUGGGUUCUUAGUUCCGUAUGAUUCACCUGAUUUGCUUGAUGGUUCAAGUUCAUCAGACGCAUCAGCCUCACCUUUUGUUAUUGCCAUCAAAGCAGGUGGAAUUACUGCAUUACCCUCCAUUUUCAACGUGAUUGUCUUAAUCUCAUUAUUAUCCAUCGGUAACUCUUCCGUUUAUGGAUUCAGUAGAACUAUUCUUUCCUUGGCAGAACAAGGUUUAGCUCCAAAAUGUUUUGAUUACGUUGAUAGAAAGGGACGUCCAUUAGUUGGUAUUUUAGCGUCUGCAAUUGUUGGAUUAUUGUCGUUCGUUGCAGCAUCUCCUAAACAGACUGAGGUGUUUGCUUGGUUAAUGGCAUUAUCGGGUCUUUCUACUCUUUUCACUUGGUUCUCAGUGAACUUGUCUCAUAUUAGAUUUAGAUUGGCCAUGAAAAAACAAGGAAGAUCUCUUGAUGAAUUGCCUUACCGUGCAUUGACAGGAUUUUGGGGUUCUGUCUACGCAGCAGUACUUUUAUUUAUUGUCUUAUGUUUGCAAUUUUGGAUAUCUUUAUUCCCAUUGGGCCAGUCUCCUAAUGCCACUACAUUUUUUGAAAAUUAUCUUGGAGCUGUCGUUGUUUUGGUUUUCCUCGUGUCACAUAAAUUAUAUUCUAGAAAACUCAAUACAAUCGUACCUUUGGCCACUAUGGAUCUUGAUACAGGUCGUAGGGAAACUGAUAUCGACAAAUUAAAGCAGGAACUUAAAGAAGAAAAAGACAUCAGAGAUGCUCAUCCAAUUUACAGGAAAAUUUGGAACUUCUUAUUCUAA